AUGGUAAUUGAUUUCCUUACAAAGGAUUGCCUCAUGUUGAAAAUUAAUUAACUGCCUCCUCUCUUUCAGCUUCGGGCUCAGAAUCAGGUCUUGAAAAAAGGCGUUGUGGAUGAACAGGCGAAUUCUGCUGCUUUAAAGGAACAACUAAAGAUGAAGGAUCAAUCGUUGAGAAAACUACAACAGGAAAUGGACAGUUUGACAUUUCGAAAUCUACAGCUUGCUAAGAGGGUGGAACUACUUCAAGAUGAACUGGCUCUAAGUGAACCCCGAGGCAAGAAAAACAAGAAAAGUGGGGAAUCUUCCUCUCAGUUGAGCCAAGAGCAGAAGAGUGUCUUUGAUGAAGAUCUGCAAAAGAAGAUCAAAGAGAACGAACGGUUGCAUAUACAAUUCUUUGAAGCCGACGAGCAGCACAAACAUGUGGAGGCGGAGCUGCGGAGUCGGCUGGCCACCCUGGAGCUGGAGGCGGCCCAGAACCACGCGGUGGUCGACGGUCUGACUCGGAAGUACAUGGAAACCAUUGAGAAACUGCAGAACGACAAGGCGAGACUAGAAGUCAAGUCUCUGGCCCUGGAAAAGGAGGCCAAGGAAUGUCGCCUGCGAACAGAAGAAUGUCAAUUGCAGUUAAAGAAUCUUCACGAAGAUUUGUCCGGUAGAUUAGAGGAAUCCUUAUUAAUCAUCAAUGAAAAAGUACCUUUUAAUGAUACAAAAUACAGUCAGUACAAUGCCCUGAACGUCCCUCUCCACAACAGGAGACAUCAGGUAACGGGUGAAAUUUGGGCUUUUAAAUCCAAACAGGUUUCUGGACGAGUUCAGGUUUAUAACUUAGCGGACCGAGUUACAAAGGUCUGCAGAGUGGUUGUAUUCGGCAUUGACUUGACUUGACGCACAGUUGCUUCCCUCCUCCAGUUCUCCCAGUACCUUCACGAGAAUGCGUCCUACGUCCGCCCUCUAGAGGAAGGAAUGCUGCACUUAUUUGAAAGCAUUACUGAGGAGACUGUAACCGUCCUGGAGACAACUGUGAAAUUGAAAACUUUUUCAGAACAUUUAACCUCCUACCUGUGUUUUCUUAGAAAGAUUCUUCCUUAUCAGUUAAAAAGUUUAGAAGAAGAAUGUGAGUCUUCUCUUUGCACGCCUGCGUUACGAGCCCGGAACCUGGAGCUGUCUCAGGAUAUGAAGAAGAUGACAGCGGUGUUUGAGAAGCUCCAGACGUACGUUGCUCUUCUUGCCUUGCCAAGCACGCAGCCCGACGGACUCCUCCGGGCAAACUACAGCUCCGUGUUCGCCAACGUAGGUGCCGCGCUGCAUGGACUCCACAGCGUCAUGACAGACAUUUCCAAACAUUUCAGUCAGAAAGCUACAAUAGAACAUGAACUUCCAACAGCAACACAGAAGCUUAUAACAACCAAUGACUGUAUCCUGUCGUCAGUAGUGGCAUUAACAAACGGAGCAGGAAAGGUUGCAGCUUUCUUCAGUAACAACGUGGACUACUUCGUGGCUUCCCUGAGCUACGGGCCGAAGGCAGCGCGUGGCUUCACGAGUCCUCUGUCGGCUGAGUGCAUGCUGCAGUACAAGAAGAAGGCUGCUGCCUACGUGGAAGCAUUGAAAAAGCCUCUCCUGCAGUCCGUGCCUUAUGAAGAAGCACUGGCCAACCGCCGGGUCCUGCUGAGUUCAACGGAGAGUCGAGAAGGCCUCGCCCAACAGGUUCAGCAAAGUUUGGAGAAGAUUUCCAAGCUGGAGCAAGAAAGAGAACAUUGGAUGCUAGAAGCACAGUUGGCCAAAAUCAAGCUGGAGAAAGAAAACCAGCGGAUUGCCGACCAGCUGAAGGGCACAGGUAGUGGGCAGCCAGCGGGGCUGGCCCAGGAGAGCACUGCUGGACCGAACACCCCUGGCCACGAAGAAGCCGCAGCCAAGGCUCUGUCGGAGCCCAUUCAGAGCACCAGUCUGAUUGGGAUUUUAACCAAGACCUCGGACAACAGCGAGGCGCCAGAUGUGGAAUCCCGCGAAGGCCUGAUUAAAAGUCACUACAUGGCAAGGGUCGUGGAACUCACGUCUCAGCUGCAGCUGGCUGACAGCAAGUCAGUGCAUUUUUAUGCCGAGUGCCGAGCACUCUCCAAACGGCUAGCCUUGGCCGAGAAGUCUAAAGAGGCGCUGACGGAGGAGAUGAGGCUGGCCAGUCAGAACGUCAGCAGGCUGCAGGAUGAGCUGACAACCACCAAGAGGAGUUAUGAGGAUCAGUUAAGCAUGAUGAGUGACCACCUGUGCAGCAUGAACGAGACAUUGUCCAAGCAGAGAGAGGAGAUUGACACGCUGAAGCUGUCCAGCAAGGGAAAUUCUAAAAAGAAUAAGAACCGAUAGUUUCCAAAGUUUACAAGUGACUUGUUGGCGAUUCUUCCUCCCAGAGCUGCUGCCCCGCCGCCUGGACCUGCAGCUGAGACUCCAUGUCCACGCUGGGCCCCGCCUUCAGGAUGCUGACACCUGGGUGGGCCUAGUACAAUAGUCAGUGUUGUACAUGACUUUGAAACAUUUAAAAUAUAUUUGUAACCAGUGAGGCAAAUAGGGAAUUUGAUGUUGAUUGUAAAAUGGAAAACCGUAGAUAUACCAUGGAAUUUGAUGUUGAUUGUAAAGUGGAAAACCGUAGAUAUACCAUGGAUAGCAUAGCGUAGGUUUCCUUAAGCAGUUUCUACUGUGCACUUUUUAAACUUAGGUUUUAAUUUCAGUAUGUAAGAACAACAAAUAUUUUGUAUCUUUUAAAAACUCGAUGAAAUGGUCUUUGAUUUGGUAUGUAUGGAAUAGAUCUGUGUUUCUGGAUAAAAGACAUAUGUUGUCCAAUUGUCAUUACCUCCUGCUAUAACUGAAGGCAGCCACGUGCUCCUUUUGAAAACGUCCUGGUUCAUUCUCCCUCCCUCCCUUUCUUUCCCUUCCCCCCCCCUUUCUUUCCCUCUCCUUCUUGCCUCCCUCUUAGUCUUUCUCUCUCCCUCCCUCCGGCUCUCCCUCUCCCUCUUUCUGCUGAAGGGGAAGUGUAGGUCUUGCACAGUUCAGAUUUUGCAGGUUUAUUAUCAUCCCUGUCUUCACCUCUCCAGUCAGCCUGUGUUAAAAUAAUAGCUUAAGGAAAUUGAUAUUAAUAAAUUCAUACUUAUAUCAAA